AUGAAUAUUUGGCCAGAUGCUGGAAGGCCAGACCUUGUUGUCAGCAUUGGCACAGGAUACGCACGUCCAAAAACUUCCAAGGAUUGCAACCUUCCGUCUAAACGAACCUUUCAUAAUGGAUUUAUUGGCCGUGGCCUACGCGCAUUCCUCUUUUCGCCAGCCGCUGAUGGAAAAAAAGGAUUUGAAGAUGCUUUGGAUGAUCUCUCGAAAGACAUAAAGGAAGACAUAUUCCGACUUGACAAAGAUUUAGGGGAAGAGUUGCCCGAAUUAGACAACGUUGAGCACAUCGAUCAGCUCUCUCAAAUAGCAUGUGAGAUCCCCAGUGAUCUUGCUCGUGCGCUCCUCACAACGUCGUUCUUCUUUGAACUCGAUGAAGAGCCUAGUUUCACAGAUGGACAGUACCGUUGCAAUGGAUCUAUUCUCUGUAGCAGAAGUUUCCCGGAGGGAAUUCUCGCCCUUGUUGAGAAAGAGUUACCAUCGGCACGAUUUACGAUGCAUAAUAGAGUUGGUUUGGGUCUAGUUCAGAAACAUGACGGGUGCAAAAUCUGCGGAUAUUACCGCAAACAAAUCUCCUUCUACCUCUCUAGCCUCUAUGAAGAUUUUCGACUUGAAAUCACCAGCAGGACUGGUAGUAGAAAAAUCGGUGGCUUUCCAACAUCCCUGACUGUUCUCCUUAAAAGACAACAAGCUUAUGCAGUUUUCGGUCGGUCGGACCAUAAAACUGAUCAAUGGCCGCCUUCCCGAAAAUGUUACUGCUCUAUUAAUGACAAACCUAUUAAUAACAAACGACUGAACGAAGACCCAGUCUGCGGUGCGGAUGUUCUGAAAAGAAAAAAGGUGAAAUUCGCAAUUUAG